AUGUUCCCGAUACAGAAGGGCUCCCUGAACCUCCUGAGGCAGAAAUGGGAAUCCAGUGAUUACCAGAGGAGUGAGUGCUGUCCAGGGGCCAGUCGUAGAACGCCUCUCCAGGCUCGGGGAAGCAAAUUGCUUGAGCCUGAAGGAGAGGCAAUAUCAGCACCUGAACCUCCAGAUCCCCUGAGUCUGCCCUGCAGUGCAGGGGAAGAGACGUUGAGCUCAAAGCCUGAAGAGAAGUGUCCUGAGGAAAAGAGCGACAGCUCCAGGGAAUAUGGCCCACCUGAAGUGCUGAAAGAGGAUUCCCUGAGUGGUCGACGCAGGAUUGAGCACUUCUCCAUCGCCCUUGAUGAGCUGAGGAGUGUGUUUGAGGCUCCUAAGAGUAGAAACAGACCAGCUGGACCAGCUGAGUAUGGCAGGAAGGAAGUGGAAAUUGAGCGAAAUUUGUGUUCACCAACAUUUAAGAGUCACCCUGGAAGGCAGUUGGAGGAUUCUGUGAAAGAUUCAGACAAGAAAGGCGAGGAAGCAUCUUUUGACAAGAUGUCACCUAAAAGUGGUCACAGCCAGAUCUUUGAAGCAACCGUUGGCCCUAAUAUACCUGCUAGUGAAUUUGCAGAAGACAGUGCUGCUCGGAGCGAGGGUGUAUCAGACCUCCACGAGGUGGUCUCCCUGAAGGAGCGGAUGGCGCGGUACCAAGCAGCUGUUUCCAGGGGUGGCUGCCGCAGCUUCUCUGCUAACAUGAUGGAAGAAUCACAAAUGUGCACAGUGCCCGGUGGUUUGGCCAAGGUGAAGAAACACUUUGAGGAUGAAAUUACUUCUUCUCGUAAUGCAUUUGCUCAGCACCAAUACCAACAGCAGCACAGAUCUGAGCAGGAGGUAAUCCAGAGCAGCCAGCUCAACAUUUCGAGAAGCAGCCAAGAAAUGGCAAGAAAUGAACAACAAGUGUCCAAAGAACACAAAACUGAUGUUCUUGGAACAGAAAUGGUUUCUCACCUUGAAAAGCACGCUGAGGAAAUAAACCGAGCUUCUCGGUUUCAUCAAUAUGUUCAAGAAACUGUCAUUGAUACACCUGAGGAUGAAGAGAUUCCAAAGGUUUCGACUAAGUUGUUAAAAGAGCAAUUUGAAAAGUCUGCCCAGGAAAAGAUUCUUUAUUCUGACAAAGAGACGACAACCCCAGCCAAGCAGAUUAAGAAACUGCUGCUUCAAGACAAGGAAAUAUGUACACUUUGUCAAAAGACAGUUUAUCCAAUGGAUUUGGGAAAUUAUGCAUCACUUCAUGGACAAAUAUACUGUAAACCUCACUUUAAACAACUUUUCAAAUCUAAAGGAAAUUAUGAUGAAGGUUUUGGACACAAACGACAUAAAGAUCGAUGGAAUUGCAAAAACCAAAGCAACUCAGUGGACUUUAUUCCCAACGAAGAGCAACAUAUGUGUAAAAGCACUGUAGCAAACACCCUCAUACUUGGUGAUCUUAAUAAAUAUUUAGAUGCUGGUAACAAUGAAAGGCAAAGGGGUGGUUUGAGAAAAUUAGGGGAAAGAGGAAAAUUAAAAAUUGUUUGGCCUCCUUCCAGGGAGGUGCCUAAGAAAACCUUUCCCCUUGAGGACGAGCUCAAAAUGAUUAAACCUAAAUGGCCACCUGAAAUGACAACACCUACAUCCCCUGAAUUUAAAGGUGAAUCACUACUAGAACACAUUAAAACUCUGGAAAAUAAAGGACAGGAACAAGAUCACCUUUCUUUCUUGCAACCAUAUCUGCAGUCCACCCCUGUGUGUCAGAAAGAAGAUGCUACAGGAGUCAAAGAAAUGAAAAUGCACGAAGCAAACAAAGAUGAAAAGAAAGAAGGAAAUAAGAAUGUGCAAGAUAAGGUGAGUGAGGGUGAAGAUACAAAGAAUAAGAGAAAAAGUGAAAUGGAUCUUCACAACAACAACAAUGUGGUUGUGCAGAGUGCUGAAAAGGAGAAAAAUGAAAAAACUAAUGAACCUGAUGGUGCAGAAGUUUUACAGGUUAAUAACGCUGAUGAUGAGGUGGUACCAGAAAAUCAUAAGGAGAAUUUGAAUAAGAAUAAUAAUAACAAUUAUGUAGCAGUCUCGUGUCUAAAUAAUUGCAGGCAGAAGACAUCUAUUUUAGAAUUUCCUACACUAUUGCCCCUGUCGAAUGAAGCAAAUGACACUGCAAAUGAAUAUCAAAUUGGAAAGUUAGAAAAUGCAUCUAAAAUCUCAGAGUUACUUGAUAUGUUUGAAUCUGAACAGACUUAUUCAAGGAAUAUUCUAGCUACAGCUCUCAAGAAACAGACUGGCAGUGCGGCUGCUGGCAGUCCUGUGCAGUCUGCCGCGAAACUGGCCCUCAACGGGGGCUUCGUGGUAAAGGGGGGAAGUUCAAUCGUCUCUUCUGAUACAAAUCUCUUAAACAUUAAAGGAAACCAUUCAAAUAACAAAAAUCUACACUUUUUCUUUUCUAACACUGUGAAAAUCACUGCUUUUUCCAAGAAAAAUGAGAACAUUUUUGAGUGUGAUUUCACAGAUUCUGUAGAUCAAAUUAAAAAUAUGCCAUGUUUGCAUUUGAGAGAAUUUGGAAAGGACGUUAAACAUUGGCAUGGUGAAACAAUAGGAGUAGCCCGCAGGAAUGGAAACACAAAUUCUGAUGCUCUGAGCCAUGAAUGUGCAGCUAAGCCUUCAUUUCCCAGAGCGGAGGUCCAGUCUGAACAACUCACUGUGGAAGAGCAGAUUAAAAGAAAUAGGUGCUACAGUGACACCGAGUGACAAAUCUCUGGCCACCUGCAGUCCAUACUCAGGCACUGAGAGAUACUGAUGAUGCAAAAUAAGACUUUAAGGAUUUUGAUAACUUUUUGUUGAACUUAUUGUAAACAUAAUGCUCAGAAAUCUCAUGUCUAUCACAAUGGGAUAUUUCUUGUAUUACACUUUGUCAUUUUUUCGUAAUUUAUUUAAAUCUAAUGUUGUUCUGAAUGAAAUGAAGAGAUGAAACAACAUGGCUAUGUUUUCCUGUCAAAUACCACUUAAGUAUAUCACUCUGUUUUCUUGUGUAACAGCGUGGGUAUACUGCUGAUAUUUAUUGCAAUUCUUAUACCUUCUCUAUAAUUUUGCUGAAAUAAAAUUGAAUCACCUG